CAAGGCUUCCAGCGAGGCGCCAGCAGCCCAGGCCCGGACUCGAAUAAACAUCUUUUAAAGCCUUCAUCUGUCCAAAAUGCCCACGUGGAGGCCAAAUGGAGUCCGGAGGAACAUCGCGGCGUUGCCUCAGGCGGUCUUUUAAGAUGUUGAACUUCCUCUGCUGAGUGCUGAACCCGAACAGAUUCUUGAACCAACAAAAUAAACUCGGAUCCAGCCAGUUGAAGCCUCUCAUGAUUGCAGCCCUCUUGGGGUUGCUAUGGCAGGUGCUGUCAUCGAAACCAAGCGCCGGACACGGGCCUGUCCCACCAAGACAGGACAGACCACCUGUCAUUGCCACAAGGGAUCAUUAAAUAGUCUACAAACUGCACUUAGAAUUACCGCAAGCACACAGAGAUAACACAACAGCCUAAAAGCAGACAGCGGAUGGCCAGCUACCUGUAGUAUCCUCAUGAGUGUUGGCUCCUUCUCACCCAGUUCUUCUCCUGCAACCCAACUAACACCACCAUCCCUGUGGGACCAUGUUCCAUCAGCAAGAACAACUGAAGAGUCAGCUGGAGGAUAGCCACUUGGGCAACAGACAGCUUGGCUUCCACUGUCAGGAGUGCGGAAAGCAAUACAACACUCAGCUGGGUUAUAGGCGGCACCUGGUGGAAGCUCACAGCGCUGGCGCAGGCCUGACUUGCUCGGAAGGUGCACCAUCCCUGCUGGAACACCUGGGAGGCGGCCAUAUUGAUAGGCCACCUCCAGAGGGCAACAACAAUGCUGUCGUAUCAGUGAGAGAGAGGAAAUAUUCCUGCGAGCGAUGUGACCGCCGCUUUUACACCAGAAAGGAUGUGCGGCGCCAUGCUGUGGUGCAUACUGGACGCCGGGAUUUCUUGUGUCCUCGCUGUGCCCAACGCUUUGGUCGUAGAGACCACUUGACCCGUCACUUGAAGAAGAGCCAUGCGCACGAUGCGGGAUUGAUACCCCUGGUUACGGCCAGUACCCCAGUGGAAACAUCUACUCCAACCAACCAGGGUCCAGUAAAGGAGUCAAGCCCUUCGGCUUCAGAUCGAGGUUCCUCCACAUCCACCAAGGAACCUGUCGAGACCUUCACCCGGGACAUGUUCAACUCUUACCCUAUUACCAAUCCUGUGUCUGGAAUGAGUCACCCACAUGGCCUCAUGCAGGUCUCCAUGGGUGUCGGUCGCCACAUGCCCCCACCAUCGCCUCACAACCACCAUCAUCACUUGCAGCCUCUUUCAGCACCACAGCAGCAAUCAUACAGCAGCAUGCCCAGGUACCAACAAGGAUCUACCUCAUAUCCUCGCACUGAUGUGGACAGUUUCCUGCUGGAUCUGCAGGGGGCUCCUCCUCCCCACCUCAGUUCUGUCAACUCUUCUACCUCGACGUCCAGCUCUCCUCAAAGGGAGAUGCUAGCUGAAGGGAUGGCUGUCAACAGCGAUCCCCACCUCGUGGCCAGGAAUCCCGAGCUUUCCUGCACCACUAACAUGGAACUCGGGCCGCUCUUGGGCUUUUUGCCUUUUGGCCUGCCGCCUUACAGCUCUCACGUGGGAAUGGGCGGCCUAAUGAUGGGUUAUCCUGCUGCCACCACCGCCACCUCAUCACCAAGCUCCACCACUGGGUUGUCUUCUCAGUCUUCAGGGCCAUUUACCUUCUUCCAGCCUCCUCAGGCUCAUGUGCCCCAGGGCCCUGUUGCCCACAACCAUAGCCAACUACCUCAGGCAUACAGCACUUCUGCUGUUAGCACUUCUAGCCCAUUACCUCAUUACUACCAAGCCUUUCAACAGUAGGCAGUUCUGUGUCUACAAACUACACUGUAAAAAAAAAAAAAACUUCCUAUUAGCUAUGCUGACUUCAGAUUUUAAGUAGACGUAACUCAAAUUCUUAAGUAACUUUUUUUUUUUUUUUUAGUAUUUCUCACUAAUUUUAUCACAUAAAUUGAACUUGAAAUGAUAAGUUGUGUAAAAUUAGCCUUAUCCUGACUCCCAAUGCCUUCAAAAGCACGUGCGAGAUACUGUUAGCUUGGUUGUUUAGCUCAGUUGCCUGCGCGCUCCACUGCCAAUGUGGGUUUGAGACACACUUGGAGCAAUUUGUUAUGUACAGUAACACUAUUCACUUAAACUGAUGUCCCAUUUACUUAAAAUUUUGAGUUCAAACCACAGAAGUCCAGUUUACUUAAAAGUGGACUUCAAAACUACUUAACGGGAGUCCAGUUUACCUAAAAUGUUGAAAUUUAUCACUUUUUUUCCCUCCCCCCCUAAGUUUUUCAUCAAAGCUUGAAAAUUCAAGUGAAAUUGGUUGACUUGAAUUUUAAGUUCUGCCAACUUUAAAAAAAAAAUAUAUAUAUAUUUACAGUGUAGCAUUCACAUGCACGUCUUUUUUCCUGUCAGGGGUCAAAUGAUAUCUUUUAACUAUACAUCAUGUAUGUAUCUAUACUUUUGUUACUACGAUUGAAUUUUGUUGAACACAACAAAUCACCUCAUCAGUAUUACCUCGCUAUUUAAAAAAAGUAAGCUUGAACGCACGAAUGCUGUCUCACUAUUACCAACAGAGCAAUUCUGUACGCAACAGUUAAUGCACUUGAUCCAGUUAUCACAUGUGGUGACACAAAUGUAUAAUCAGCUCCAAGCACUGCAUUCAAAGAGGCAUGUAGUGACACAAAUCCCUCAACUUUUGUAACUGGUUCCGGAUCACCAAAUUAGAAUGCACUUACAGUUAGUUUGUCAUUAAUUAAAUAGCUUUUUUAAAUGUGAUAAAGCAAGCCAGUCGCAGCAAGUGGCUGUUGGUGAUGGGUAAGUCGUUUUAAAACUAGUAUGUAUAUUAUCUGCAGACAUUAAUGAUUGAAAUGUAGAUUUGUGACAGAUCUAUUGUUUGCAAUGGUUACUAUUUCACGCCAAAAAUAUAUUCUCUAUGCUGACCACUUGCACAAUAAUUGAUAACCAACAGAAACGGCAUCCUUUUUUUACAAAGAGGCUGCGUCUCAACUUUUUAUUUGUAACGGCAAAUAUUUGAUAUAGCUGUUAUACUGGAUAUCUUAUUGUGCAAGCUGUCAGUGUUUAGGCUGAUAAGCAAUUUUGUGCCUUUGCAUCACCUACCAAGCAGGCCUUCAGAAAAUGUUAAUAGCAUGACUACACACUUUUAUCUACUAUGCUUAGAUUUCUUACAGAGCUCACCUCAGGAGCUUUGCUGAUUUUUAAAAUAAUAAAAUGCAGUUUAUUUUCUAGAGUAUUGAUAACUAUUGGAUGCCUGGGACUAUUCUCAUUCAUCCAGGACAUUCUCAGGGCAUUGAAGCAUUAGCUGCUGGAAUCUUUAGGUUGUUUGAGAAGAGCAGGCUUCAUCAAUUUUUGCUCAAAUACUAGAUCACUCUAGAUAAACUUAAUAAACUGCACAAUGCCUUUGUGGCAUUCCUGUUAAUUUUAACAUUGUCUAAAGUCGCACAGUGGAAAAAGUUCAUUUACACCAUGGAUUUUGAAAAUAUCGCAGAUCAUAUUUCAAAUGAUAGUCUCCAUUUUAAUAGUUGUAUUCUCAGUUGUGGUAUCCAAAAUACAGGGUGUCCAUAAAGUCUCUCUACCAUUUCAAAAAAUUAUUAAAAAUGCAAUUGAUUACAUAUUUUAUUCAGAUUUGUUCUAUUGUAUUCAGCAUUUAUUGAAGGUUUAAAAAAAAAAAUUUUUUUUUUUUUUUUUUUUACCUCUUUUAAUACACUUCUACAUGGACACCAUUAGUUGCACGAAGCACAUCAAGACUGUACUCUAUUUCUUGCCAUGUUCGCUGAAGCAUAGCCUAAUCAACGGUGGCAAUGGCAUCAGUAAUCCUUCGCUUAAGGUCAGUAAUGUCCCUUAUCUUUGUUCGAUACACGAUAUCUUUAACAUAGCCCCAUAGAAAGAAGUCCAGGGGAGUGAUAUCUGGUGAACAUGGUGGCCAAGGAAUUGGCCCAUCCCUUCCAAUCCAUCGGUCUGGAAAUGUUUGAUUGAGGAACCCACGAACAUGCAGCCCCCAAUGUGGCGGUGCACCAUCUUGCUGAAAAAUGAUGGCUGGUUGAAGGUCAUUCAAAUGUGGUGCCAUAUAUUCGGUUAAAAGGUCAAGGUAAACAUUUGCAGAAAUUGAUGUCUCGAUGAAGAAAAAUGGACCAAUUAUUUGAUGAAAAAAACGUAAACACCGAAUACAAUAGAACAAAUCUGAAUAAAAUAUCUAAAUUGCAUUUUUAAUAAAUUUUUUAAAUGGUAAAGAGACUUUAUGGACACCAUGUACAUUGCAUGAACAGCUAAAGUAACAAUCACCAUUUGGUCUCAUGAUCAGUUUUUAGGAAAAUUCAAGAGUAAUAUGUAAAAAUAAAGUCGAAUGCAAAAGUCAAAUGAUUUUUGAACAUUGUGUAAACAGUGUUUGGUGUGUAAUAAGAAUAUGUCCAGUCAAGCCUGAAAUUAUUUUAGACUUGUUUGUACCUACAUAUAUAGAAGUGCUGGGCGAUGACAAAAGUUAUCACAUAGUUCAUUUUAUACAACUAUAAUGAUAUGCCAUUAUUUGGUAUAUUUUUAAUUAUUUGACGAAAAAAAGAUUUUUUUCUCAAAAUUGUUUUUAUUUAGGCACCAUUUGUUUGUGUUGUGAGGUGCUUUAUCACACCACUGCUGGUAUAGGAACAUCUAGUGAUUGUUCUGCAACAUUAAGAAACAGCCCUGUAAAUUGAUUGUCAUAUUGCCCAACACUACUAUAUAGUCAAGCCUGAAAUUAUUUUGAGCUCUGGCGUAUGAAUAAUUUUUAAUUUGUCCUUAUGUGAAGCAUAAGGGCAUCAUGGACUAACUCAUCUUUUCAUGUUUUUGGGUCUCAUUACCAUUCAUAUCAAAUACUAUUGGAAUAGGAUCACUUAUUGCAACCCGGAGCAUAAAGAACAAAAUUUCGCAGCCCCGCAAACAUUUUAUUUUGUGUAACGAAGAGUUUUCUAUAAACGUACUGCUUAAAGCCCCUAGUUUGAAUUAUAUUUCCGAAAACUUAUUUACAUUCUGAUUGGAGGAAUGGGGUUUAAGUACAAGCAUUGGUCUUGAGUAGAUCCUGGAUGCAGCAUAUGUUUGCCAUUUGUAUGUUUUAAGGCAAAUUAUGGGCGGUUAAACUAAGUGUAAUUUAGGAAUUUAGGUCUUCUUUGAGCAGUUAUGAUCAUUGCUCUUAGCACAGUAAAAUUAUUCUAGAAUAUGUGUAGCCUUUUCUAAUGUUAUCAAUGACCGUCGGCCAAUUUUCAUUUGGCAUGUUGCCGGCUCGCAAGAGUUUCUAAUGAAACUUGGACUGAAACAUGUCCCCAUUUUGAAGACUUGCAAUCCAUUCCUUUUAUAAUCUAGUCACACCAUCACGUGGAAACUCCCUUCACGAACUCUGCUAUUAGUUCAAGUGGGUUUUGUGAUACGCAUUGUCACUAACCUCAGUGUUGCACCAAUGUCAAAAUGCUACUGUUGUGUGUCUCUCAAAGAGUGUCUAAUCUCUUGACAGGGUUAAAGCACUUAUGACAUUUUAGAAAAAAAUGUUUUGUACUUCAAACACACAGAAAUAAGGGUUUCAGAUUUUCUUUAUAGCUUUAGUUAUUGUGGCGCUUUUUUUCCAUUUAGUUUUAAACUUUUGAUGGUAGCUUUUGAGUUAACUCUUAAUGUAGUGGCAGACAUUGAUUAUGAUAAUAUAAACAUUCUACCUCUACCUUGUCAUAUCUUUCUGCAAUAUCAUAAAAUGUUUAAAGCUGUAAUAGACAUUUUACCACUGAAAAUGAUUUUGUUAAAAUUUAAGUUUGAAGGAAAAGAUACACACUCUGAUUAGAGGUGUAUUGUUGAAUCAAGCAUUGUUCUGUGUACUUUAAUGAUAUUUACUUAUUUACUACCUCAGAAGUGACAGGCAACUGCAUAUCUAACUGCGGAAAUGAAUAGGAUGUCAGGUUUGGUUGAUGUAGCUCCGUAGUUUAAUGAGAGUACCUUUUAGGCCGUUUUCUGCUUGACUAUUAGUACUGCUCCUGCCUGUCUAUAUAAUUGUUACAUGUAGAGGGGAAAGCAGCAGUAAAAUGAACAACUUAGGUUUCCUCAUAAAUUGAAUCACUUACAGUAUUUUUGUGUCUGAUAAAGAACCAGAAUAUUUUCUGGACAUGAUGAAUGAGGGCCUUUUUACAAGAUUAUCUACCAAGUGUAACAUUUAAUGUCAGCUUAAAGUAAACAUUGUGUUUUGCUGUUCAGAAUGUUCACUGAAAUGAAAGCUUAGUUUUAUAAAGGUUUCUAUGCUGUCUUUGCAGUAAGAGCAAUUACCUCUCAUGUCAAUAUGCACAUUUUGUUUUUCCUCAUCUGUAUUGCAGCAAUAUUCUACAAUGUGGCAAAUGAAUGUGAAUCGGGCUCUGGUUCGAGGUACAGAACACAUGCAAGAAUAUUAAAUAUGGAGCUUCAAUAAUAUUGAUGUUUCCUGUUUAUAUACAAAAUGUAUAUUUUUACACCGUGGUCAAAGAUUUGUAAACAACUUUUUUCUGGAGAACUUAAAAAAGAAAAAAGAAAAAAACCAGCCCUCAUUUUACAACUGUUAACGUGGAAUACUGUAGUUAAUGCUCUUUAUUAUGAAUAGGUUAGCUGUGAACCAAGUUCGCUCAUUUUUUUGUCAUAAUUGUUUGCAUUACCACUUCAUUGCAACCAAGACCAAGAAAGCAAAAGUGAUUUGUCAUUUUCUUGUGUAAACAAAAUA